AUGGGCUCGGCGCGCUCGGCUUCGCGCAGCACCUCCAACAGGGAAGCAGCAAAACCCAAACCGACUGCGAGAGUGAAUCCUCAGAGCUCCAUCUACACUGGAGACACCGUCACUCUGACCUGUGAGCUGAAGCAGGGCACUGGAUGGGAGUUUCUCUGGUACAAAAAUAAUCAGCAGCUACAGGAUUUGAGUCCUGACCCAGUAAACACCAAAACACUCUCUGUGACAGUGAAUAAUACAGGAGACACAGUGUAUAAGUGUGUAGCAGGCAGGUAUAACACCUGGGAAGAGACACACUACUACACUGAGUACAGCGAUAAAGUCAUGAUUACUGCAAAAGCAAAACCCAAACCGACUGUGAGAGUGAAUCCUCAGAGCUCCAUCUAUACUGGAGACACCGUCACUCUGACCUGUGAGCUGCAGGAGUCCACUGGAUGGGAGUUUCUCUGGUACAAAAAUAAUCAGCUGUUACAACGUUUCAGCACUGAACCAGUAAACACCAACACACUCUCUGUGACAGUGAAUAAUACAGGAAACACAGUGUAUAAGUGCGGAGCACGCAAAGGUAAAGCCUGGACACGCACAGAGACCUACACAGUGUACAGCAAUGAAGUCAGAAUUACUGCAAGAGCAAAACCCAAACCGACUGUGAGAGUGAAUCCUCAGAGCUCCAUCUACACUGGAGACACUGUCACUCUGACCUGUGAGCUGCAGGAGUUCACUGGAUGGGAGUUUCUCUGGUACAAAUAUAAUCAGCCGUUACAACGUUUCAGCACUGAACCAGUAAACACCAACACACUCUCUGUGACAGUGAAUAAUACAGGAGACUCAGUGUAUAAGUGCAGAGCACGCAGAAAUAAAGCCUGGCCAGCGAAAGAGUCCUACACAGAGUACAGCAAUGAAGUCACCAUUACUGCAAGAGAGAGACCAGAGGCAGUACUGAGUGUAUCUCCACAGAGCUGGCUGACUGAAGGAGACUCAGUGACUCUAAACUGUGAGGUUACAGACUCCUCUACAGACUGGACAUUCAGCUGGUACAGAGAGGCUCACCACAGAGACGGCGUAAUUCAAAUACAUACUAAUCAUGACUCUAUCAUGUAUGUGGAGCUCCUCUCAGACAGCAGCAGAGGAUCUGGAGGCUCCUACACUCUCAGUCCUGCUGCUCUUAAACACACAGGAGUUUAUGUGUGUAGAGGAGAGAGAGGAGAACCAGCCUUACACACACAGUACAGCAAUCUACAGACACUAUGGAUCACUGGUGAAUCUCCUCCAGUCUCUCUGAUCAUCAAUCCCAACAGAACUCAACACUUUACUGGUGACUCUCUCUCACUGAGCUGUGAGGACCAGAGACACUCUACUGGAUGGACAAUGAGACGAUACACACACAAUGGAGGAGUGUCAGAUUGUUCACAGUGGGGAUCAGUUACAGGUUCUACAUGUGAAAUCAGCUCCCUCUCCACAUCUGACACUGGAGUUUACUGGUGUGAGUCUGAAUCUGGAGAAAACAGUAAUCCUGUCAACAUCACAGUGCAUGGUUGGGAAAGAGCUAAGGAUGGCUCAGUAGGAUUGUCUGUGGGACUGAGUUUGUUCUUUAUCCUCACUGUUUUUCUGAUCUUAAUGAUCCUCCUCUGGUACUGCAAAAUGAAGAAAGAAAAGCAGCAGAAACUCAAUCAGACAUCAGGGGAGAAUCAGAGCCGGUCAGGACCAGAAGACUCUCAGUCAGGACACACACCACUUCAGGCUGGUGAAGCUGCAGCUGAGAGCAGUGAAGCCACUUACGCACUGGUCACAAAGAAAAAGAAGAAAAACAGGAACAAUGGUGCUGAUGCUGAACAUGUUUGUGAUGUGAUGUAUGCUGAGCUUGAACUAAAUUCAUGUUUGUGAUGUGAAUGAA